CUCCUUCAACUAUGAUCAAUGCCAUCAGUCGCGAAGAUCUCCUCUCUCAUCCAUCAUCUUGAAUCUGCUCAAGGGUUGAUGGCCUGAUGCUGCUGCACACAAUCUUUUACGUCGGACACGGGUGACAAGAUCUCCAGGAGCCUGCGACAAUACCGACACGGGCAAACAGCAUUUACCCCAAAGAUUCGGCAACCUCAAUACUCAGGUCGUCCUUGACUCCAUGCAUCAUAAGCUCUGCCCGUCACCCGUGAUACGCUCUUGUUUCGAACAAAUCCGUCCAAGCCUUGAUUCCACGGCCUUGUGGCCUUGCGCCCAGUUCCUCGCUUAGUACAUUGCAAUUACUUUAGGCGGCUACCCCGGUCCGUCGGCUCAAUGAGCUAAGUCAAUGUUGUGUUUCCUCGCAAUAAUAAUGUAUAAGAGGAAUCUGAGAAUUCAAAAUGAUACACAGCAAUUCUACUGAUCAGUCAAAGUCCUCUGAGCUACUCCACAAGCAACAUGCGUCUUACCAGCGUCAGUAACUUCGCUCUUCUUGCUGGCACAGUCUCUGCUGCAGUGGGGGAUUGGCAGCAAUGUGGCGGAGUGAACUGGAGUGGAGAGACCUCGUGUGCAGCAGGAUCUGGCUGCGUGAAGAUCAAUGACUACUACUCGCAAUGCCAGCCUGGAGCUGCUGUUACAACCCUGAUCACUUCAGCCGAGCCCACGGCGACCGCUACAAAGACCAGCGCUGCAGCUGUACCCAGUGCUCCUGCCGCGACUGGCACACCGGCAGGAUCUGGACCUGGCACAACGCUUCAGAGUGGCUACUACUGGAUUCGCGCCGUGGCAGCACCCAACUUCCACAAUUAUAUGCAGACUAAACCUCUUUACGCAACCGGUGCUGCUCUCCUCGGCGACUACACCACCGCGGGCCAGUUUCAAGUCGUUGACGGCCAACUCGUUCAGCUGGUAUCAGCACCUGGUGCGCCUGUGAAGCUUCUCUAUGCCGUCGUAUCGGAGACGAGGUAUAUCAACGACAACUCGCUUUCGGUUACAUUCUCGACCACGAAGAACACCUAUGGCCAGUUUGCCUGGAACGGUGAUGGCUUGACAUGGACUGUUGCGGGUAUCACGAGACCAAAUGCUGCGGCUUGGUAUGUGUGCACUGGGCAGCAGCUGUACAUCAACCUGGGCAACUACUUGUACCAGACGCCGGCUGGGUGUGCGGAUCAGACGAUUCACUACUACAACGACAAGACGGCGAAUGCUUAAUGACAGCAUAACUCCAAAGUUUGCUAGUACUCAGCAGGUGCAUACAAUCUUUCGUCCGUCCUGUUACCUUUAUAGCAUGAUCGUUGCUGACAACAUCAUUGCAAUUUGAUACUUCAC